AUGACGGAUACUGCAAACAGCAAGAGCUGUGCUCACUACGCCCGCCAAUACAUGGUGUGCGAGUCGAUAGCCCAAGGCCCGGUGAGCACUCUUCCAUGCACUUUCAUAGCAGGUGAAAAUACUAAUAUCAGCGUUCGAUAUAACAAGCCACCGACCCCAAGAAUCCCUACACUUGCCCGCGUGGGCAAGGGUAAGAAGAAGCAUACGGUAAGCUACGGCCCUACGAUGCUCGCCGCUACCUCAAAUGACCCUCUUCAGGACACACCGCACUACCUUUCAACCCCUGGCAUCAAUCUAAAUGACUUCAAGGCCCAGUCGCUGGCAAAUUAUCUCGAAUUAUAA